AAUCCAACCACCGCAGGAGAAAAUUCCAUUCCUAUCUACCGACCCCUCAUGCUCUCCAAUAAUUUAAUCCCCAUAUUCAAAUUAUCAAAUCCAAAGCCCGCCCUCUCCCUCUCUCAUCUCCCUUCACAAUUUUUAACCCUUGUCCGCCAUAUCUCUUCUUCCCUCACUGAGUUUUAGCCAAAUUAUGACCAACUCUCGCAGUUCAGCAGGUUCUGGUUCUGGGUGUUUUUCAGGCAUUGCUCGCCUGCUUUUAUGCAAAGGCAGCCUCCAGACUCACCCGGCUGAUCAGAUUGCCUCCCCCAAUACAGCUGAGUUUGAUCUUGUAAGUACAUAUCAGAAGAAUGAAGUCAGUGUCAAGCUUGGAAGUGAAACUGCUACUGCUGCUGCUGCUGCUCCGGGAGUGGUGGCAAAGUUGAUGGGCUUAGAUUCUCUGCCGGAUACCAACUGGGUUCCAAAAGGGAGAACGCCUGAUUCUGUCACUCGGAGUAGGUCAGUGAAUUUUAUGGAUUACUUGCUUGAGUUUGAUUUAGCACAAGCCAAGCAUCGCAGAGUCAGGACUUCUGUCUCUUUUCGUGAGGUGCCUACGUUGUUAAAUCAACAAAAUCAGCAUGAUUUCUUUGUUCUUUACUUGGAUAAUAUGGAGAAAACUAAGAAACCAGGAUCCAAACUGAGGAAAUCUGAAGUGGGUCUUGAUGAGGAGAUUAAGCAGCAGAAGAAAGAAGAUCAGAAAGGCAAGAACAAGGUGAUCAAUAACAUACCAGCUAGAGAAGCAGGCAUGAAGAAGAACGAAAAGAAUCAACGAAAAAACUUGAACAUUUCUAAUUUAAAGGAUGAGCCAAGGAAGAUUUCUAAAAAUAAACAGAGUUUCAGGCUUGGUAGUUGCAAAGGAGCUCAAGAAAAAUCGCUAGGCUUUGUUUCCCCUCGUAAGAAAGAUGGAAUUUCCAAGGCAAAAAGUCCAGUGAAGCCCAUGAAUCAGAAAGAAGUAUUGGUUGAAUCGAAGUUCAUGAAGAAAAUAAAGAAUCAACAUGCAAUUAAAGACGCUCAAUCUGAUUGUAGCUCAGAAGAUUCAAGCCCAGUUUCUGUUCUUGAUCUCGACGAAUUUUCUUUUCAUGAUUUAGCAUAUUUGUCAGAUUAUACAAGUCCUCAGAAGCCGAACUACGCUUUUCCACAAGCCUCUCGCUCAUGGAGCCCUGGUGACGAUGCCAAGUAUUACACAGAAGUAGUAAGAAAGCUGAACAGGUUAACAGAGGAAGACAUUGAAGAAUCACAUUGGUUGGGGAAGAAUUUUUUCAAGUUAGCAAGCUUUGAAGAGAUCUGUAUAGAAUUUACAGGACAAAUCCUGGAACUACUUGUAAAGCAAGUAGCAGAAGAACUUGUGGGACUUCACAUGGAAAAUUGUGAAAGGGGAUAGCCGGCAUUGCCUGGGAGUGUGCAGCAGACGUCUCUGCACAUGCAGAAAGCUUCACGGGGACUUCGAUUUUUUUUCUUUUUCUAUUGAGUUUCGAUUGCGGUUUGAAUUACUCGAACUUCAUAAUGUGAAAAUCUAUCCAGCAUCAUAUGUA